AUGAAAGCUAAACCAUUGCUCACUGAGAAAAACAUAGAGGAACUCGCCGAUCCAUCUCUUGGCGGAGCCUACGACCUAGAGCAGAUAAAUCGCAUGGCCCUGAUUGCUUCUAUAUGCAUUCAUCAGUCUCCAGCUGAACGGCCUCAAAUGAGCCAGGUUGUUAGGAUGUUGAAAGGUGAUGAAGGGAUCUUGCAGAGCAAGAAAAAAUUUCAAAAAAGACCAGCCUUUAAGAGGACAUGUUCAGUGGAUCUGUCUGAGGAUGAAGAAUACAACUCCCCCCAGCAGUUAAAUGAUUUGAACCAGCAAAACCAGAUUGCAUUGGAGCUCUAAAGUAUUUCUAAGUGAUGGUACUGUCUGUUGCAUAACCAAAGGAAAAAGGACAAUGCGCAGUUACAAGAAUCUUUACACUCGGAAGCUUAGGAUGAAUUUCAGAAUCAUAGCUACCUUGUUUUUUUCGCAGGCUGUCUAGACUUGCGCCGAUUACUCUCGAGAGUUUGGGGACUAACUCAUCGUGGCUUAAAUUGGGUUAGAGUAUGUUCUUAAAGGGAUAAAGAUGAUUAGCAUUGAGAAGGUGUGAGAAGGAAUUGAAUCGGUGAAAGACAAAUUAU